AUGGAGCUGGGAUCCUCACAAGAGCCGCCGGUGAAGAGGCGGAGGUUCUUUAAGGACCCGGACGAGCCCUCGUCGGAUCCGGUGUUCAGCCCCAAGCACGAAUUCAGCUCGUCGCUGGAGCCGAGACGGUUCUUCAAGGCAGAGGACGGGGAGGAUGAAGAUGUUCCUGGAAAGGAAGAGGAAGAUGACGACUGGGAGCCGGAGAGCGAACGGAGCAUCAAGGCUGAACAAAAGACCCAGCACGAGUCCUCAGCGGUCACCUUUGACCAGGAGACGUUUGAAAGCUUUGUUGGAUGCAAAGUUGCUGCCAACAUCCUGCGUACUAUCCAGCAGCAUUGCGGGAACAAUCUUGAGCGAGCCGUCAACAUGUACUUUGACGGCACCUACAAGAAACUCCUAAAAUCGAAGCCCGCUGCGCCUGGCCCAAGCCGAACACAGUCCUCUGAAGUACCAAGCCAGCCCUCGCCGCUCCCCAUCCGACGAAAUAUCCCGACCUCACGAUACAUUGGCGCAUUUGGCGUCGAGGGGUGGGCUACCAGAAGCGGCACAAAUCUGUUGAAACACGGCGAAACCGUCAAGAUUGAACGACAAAAGAUACAGCCCCCUCAACCCCCCAAAACGAAGCCCCGACUUGGAGCUCCUCCUACUCCUGUCAAGGUGAACACGGCUGCCUCGAGACGAGUCGAUGUCAUCGUGCGAUUUACGAACCAGAGUGGCCAGGAAAUUGGGCGUCUGGCCAAAGAUACCGCCAACUGGGUGUCAACGCUGAUGGACCAGAAGAUUUGCAAGUUUGAAGGGACGUGCGUAUACUGCCCCGAACGUACGCGAACAAACGACACCGUAUUCAUUCAGCUGCGAUGUUCCUUGCUCGACUCUGCCUUUUUCGACCGAGGCUUCAAGCCCGCAAACGAUUCCUCGGCCACAUGGUUCGAACAGCAGAUUGAGACGGCACAAGAGAAAGAACUCAGACUCAGGCAGGUAGCUCUAGUUAGGCUAUUCCAGGAGAUUAAUCUCCAACCGGUCGUUGCCAAUGCUGCGGCAAAGGAUGGGCGAAAGGGGCUCCUCCAAGCUGCGGAGAUGGACGAGCAGAAGCAAAAGGACUCGAAAAAGGCGGCUGUAAAUGGCAACAAAGAAUCCGGAAAUUCAUCACCCUCAGAGGAUCCCGAAGAAGGAGAGGAGCUAGAACAAGACCAGCUCGACGCGCUAUAUAAAAAGGCCCAGACAUUCGACUUUAGCAUGCCCGAAGCCGAGCCGGCGAGUACCUUUGCCAUGACGCUUCGCCCAUAUCAAAGACAGUCUCUGCACUGGAUGCUUGCCAAAGAAAAGGAUGAACAGAGCCAUAGGGAGCUCUCGAUGCAUCCGCUAUGGGAGGAGUAUAUGUGGCCCGUCAAAGAUGUCGACGACAAGGAUCUCCCUUCAGUAGAAGGGCAAUCUAAAUUCUAUGUCAACCCAUACUCUGGUGAUUUGACGUUGGAUUUCCCGGUCCAAGAGCAACACUGUCUCGGCGGUAUUCUUGCAGAUGAAAUGGGCUUGGGAAAGACAAUUCAGAUGCUCAGUCUGAUUCACUCGCACCGAUCUGAAGCUUCACAACAGGCCAGGCUAUCAUCUAAGCAAGGAUUGAAUCAGCUACAGCGAUUGGGAAAGAACUCAUCAAACGUGUUGGAUGCGCCCUGCACUACUUUGGUAAUUGCACCCAUGUCUCUGCUGUCACAAUGGCAGAGUGAGGCCGAAAAGGCUUCCCAACCGGGCACCAUGAAGAUUCAGCUCUAUUACGGUUCAGAAAAGGCACUGAAUCUGCAGUCGCUCUGCAGUGGCUCCAAUGCUCCGGACCUUGUCAUCACCAGCUAUGGAGUCGUUUUGUCGGAAUUCACCAGCGUUGCUGCAAAGAACGGCGAUAGGUCCUUCCAUACGGGCAUCUUCUCUCUCAAAUUCUUCCGUGUGAUUCUCGACGAGGCACACUAUAUCAAAAACAGGGCGUCCAAGACUGCGCGAGCGUGUUACGAGAUUGCAGCAGACCAUCGAUGGGCAUUAACAGGCACGCCGAUUGUCAACAGACUGGAAGACCUCUUUAGCUUGGUGCGCUUCCUGGGCGUUGAGCCUUGGAACAACUUUUCUUUCUGGAAGACAUUCAUCACUGUGCCAUUUGAGUCGGGAGACUUUGUGCGUGCUUUGGACGUUGUGCAGACUGUUCUGGAACCACUCGUCACCAGGAGAACCAAGGACAUGAAAACACCAGACGGCCAGCCACUGGUACAGCUUCCACCAAAGCAAAUUGAGAUAGUUGAAGUAGAACUAUCCAAGACGGAGCGAGACAUUUACGACCACAUCUUCAAUAAGGUGAAGAAUACUUUUGCGCAGAAUGUCGAGGCUGGCACGGUACUCAAGGCAUUCACGACAAUCUUUGCCCAGAUUAUGCGUCUUCGCCAAUCAUGCUGCCAUCCCGUUCUUGUCCGCAACAAAGAUAUUGUGGCCGACGAGGAAGAGGCUGGCGCCGCGGCUGAUGCGGUUACCGGCUUGGGUGACGAUAUGGAUCUUGAAUCACUAAUUACGCAAUUUACCGCCAUCACAGACGAAGCCACCAACGACAGACAGACGUACGGAGCGCACGCGCUGGAUGAGAUCCGAAAUGAAUCCGAAAAGGAGUGUCCUCUAUGCUUUGACGAGCCGAUGAAUGAGCAAAUUGUCACUGGCUGUUGGCACUCUGCGUGCAAGAAGUGUCUGAUGGACUUUAUCAAGCACGAGACUGAUCACGGCAGGGUGCCAAAGUGUUUCAACUGCCGCACGCCGAUUAACCAGCGUGAUUUAUUCGAGGUUGUGCGCCAUGAUGAAACCGACGAACCGUUUGCUUCAGCAAAACCGCGUUUUAGUCUUCAGCGACUUGGCGUCAACUCCUCUUCUGCCAAGGUUGCCGCAUUGAUAUCAGAGCUUCGAGUACUACGUCGGGAGCGUCCAUAUAUGAAGUCCAUUGUCUUCUCGCAGUUUACGUCCUUUCUCACGCUCAUCGAAGCCGCUCUUACGCGUGCCAACAUCAAGUUUCUUCGACUCGACGGAAGCAUGACGCAGCGGGCCCGAGCAGCGGUGCUGCAACAGUUCACAGAGAGCAAGGGCUUCGUGGUGAUGUUGAUGAGUCUGCGCGCCGGCGGUGUCGGCUUGAAUCUCACGAGCGCGGGGCGCGUCUUUAUGAUGGAUCCCUGGUGGAGUUAUGCCGUGGAGUUGCAGGCGAUUGACCGGGUGCACAGACUUGGACAGCAAGAUGAGGUGGUUGUCAAGAGAUUCAUAGUGAGGGGCAGUGUGGAGGAGAGGAUGCUGAAGAUCCAGGAGAGGAAGAAGUUUAUCGCGACGUCAUUGGGCAUGAUGAAUGAUGAAGAGAAGAAGCUCCAGCGGAUUGAAGACAUCAAGGAGCUCCUCAGCUAGACGACAGAAGCGGAUUCACACGACACGGUUAAUUAUGAUGGUAUGGUCUUAGACUAUGGCGGCUUUGAGUAUGUGACGGUUUCAUUAUCUGGCGCAUGGGUUACUUGAAGAAGUGAAAUUUUGAUUGCAUGAAAUGGCAUGGCAUGGCAUGGCAUAUGAUGGUUGUGAUGGCUGUGGUUGAAAAAAGGUGUAUAUAUGAUUGGCUGGAUUUGGCAUUCGAGUAAUCUUACUCGUACGAAAAAGGAUAGAUGACAUGUCGAAACAAGCAAAAGACAUAUGGGGUAAUACGGGCCGGGUAAAGGAACUUUAGCUC